AUGGAAUAUAAGCCUUGGCUGAUAUUCCUCGUCCUUUCCUUGGCCGUGGUGGCCGAGUCAUCUUCACUCCAUGAUGCCACCAACUGGGGUCUCACAAAAUAUGGCAGUACUGCAGGCUCCUGCAAUAGUGAAGUGGGGGUCUGCAUUGGAGAGGGCAAUGAAAUGUUGAUGGCUUCUCUUCAUGCCCGACAUCUUGCCCAGCAAAAGUACAUUAGCUAUGGAGCUCUCAGGGCCAACGGCGUUCCCUGUGGCCGCCGCGGCCAAUCCUACUACAACUGUCAAAUGAGGCAAAAGGCCAAUCCUUACAGACGUGGUUGCAGCAUCAUUACCCACUGUGGCAGGAUCACUGACUGA